GGCGCAGCCAGACAAAAUCAGCGACAAAACGAAAACAGCUUCAGUGCGAAAAAGUUGCAAAUUCGGUGAAAAUUUGCAUUCUUGUCGGUGAAAAUCGAAUCCGUUCGCGCGAAAGUGGUUUCAAUUUGUGGCGGAAGUGACCGGUCGCCGGAAGAAAGUGGAGGUUUCAACGGGGCAGUGAAUUUCGGUGCGUUUAACGUGAAUCAAAUUUGGUGUCGAGAAGCUAACCUCCAAAGUCGCCCAUUUUUGCUUCACUCUGUGGGUGGCGGAGGCUGCGUUGUUGUGUUUUGGUGUUUGGUUCGGUUCGAUCGGGCGGAGCCGAAAAGGAAAAGAAGCCCUACACGGGAACUAGCUAUGCACCGCCAUGAACGAUAGCCGGUGGUCAGCGAACGUUGCUUUGAGAAGUGGCUUGGGAGCUAGAGAACAGAGUGGUAGCAGUGGAGGAGGAGGAUCGUCGCUCUCUGCGGGAGGCAAGAUGCAGCAUUCUAGCGGAGCGGGUGGCGGAAGCGGCGGCUCCCUAGGGAUGAACAAUGGCGAGUCGGGAAUCCUGCGCAAGCCGGGCCAUCACCACCAUCAUCAUCAUUUCUAUCAUCAGGACAACUUCGCCGACCUGCUGGUGUUCGGGUACUCGUGCAAGGUCUUCCGGGACGACGAGAAGGCCCGGUUCAUCGAUCAGGGCCGGCACCUGAUUCCGUGGAUGGGCGACAAUCAGUUGAAGAUAGACAGAUACGAUGCCCGAGGAGCCCUGCAUGACCUGUCGCAGCACGAACCCCCCCUGGGAGGCUACGGGAACCGGUUCGAUUGUCUGCCGCCGGCCGAGCAACGAGCCGAGCAGCUGUGCGAAGAGGAACGAUACUAUAGUCUGUACGCCAACGAGGUGGAGGAGGAAAUAGAGCAGGAGGAAGCGGCCAAACGGGCGGCCGCUGCCGGUGCCCAGAUCGCCUUCGAUUACGAUGCACCUGCCGCAACGGUGGUCGGUCCGGAACCGGCAGCCCCCGGUGACGACGACGAAAACAGUUGCGAUCCACCUUUCGUCGCUCCGGCCAACUUUGAAAUCCCGUCCGAGCUGGACGUGCCGGACACGAUGAAGGAACACGCCAUCAUUGAAAAGACUGCCAAAUUUAUCGCCUCCCAGGAUUCGCAGAUGGAGAUUCUGCUCCGGGCGAAGCAAGCCGCCAAUCCGCAGUUUGGAUUUCUGAGCCCGGGUGGGCGCCUGUACCGAUACUAUCGUCACAUGUUGAUGGCCAUCAAGACCAAUCAGUACCCCGAGGAGGUACCGGAAGAAGAAGCAAAUGGUGCAGAGGAAGCGACGGAAGAUGCCGCAGCAGCCGCCGAACCGUCCCCAGAGAAGCCUACCGUGGUUGUUCCGACCAUAAAGUACAAACCAUCGAUCGAUUGUGCCUACACACAGUUGAUAAGCAAGAUCACCGGGGCUCCGAUUCCCACCAAGGACAAAGCCGAGGAAGAUCUGACCAAUGAAUCUGGUUCACCAAGCUCGACCACUGUUCAGCCGAGCGAGUUGGAACUUGCGCCGGAAGUGCCGAAGGUUUCCACCGGUUUGGCAGGGCUUGUGCAGUACGACUCGGACAGUGAGGAAAGUGGGAACGAAGCCGUGGAAGAGAAGAAGGAAAAGAAACCGGAGCCGGAAAUGGUGCGGAGGGAGAUCACAUUCAGCGGUAAACUUCCUCCGGAAAUAUUCCAACACGUGAUUGAGAAAACGGCAACGUAUGUGGCCAAAAAUGGGUACAGCUUCGAGGACGCUCUGCGAACGAAGAAUGAUCCGCGAUUCCUGUUCCUCCGGAAGGACCACGAAUUCUAUCCGUUCUACGCCUUCCGGGUCCGGUAUUUGAUCAGCCCGUUCGAGGAGGUACCGAAAAGUCCGGAAAAAGUGACCAUUACGCGCGAGAUCGAGAAUGGAACAGUGGUGGAAACGCCCAGCAUCGGCAUCAAGACUGUCAACACGGCUGCUCCGCUUCCGGUUCCGGCGCCGCAGACCCAGAUUCAGGCAAACAAGCCGGGCGGGGCGGUGUGCUUUUCGAUCAAGAGCAAAGAUGACGCCACCGUAGCUGCGCUGAAGUCCUCGAACGUCGCGCAGGAACUUGGCGGAGGAGAUGAAGAGGAACAGGAAUCGAAGAAAGAGCCGGAAAAGGAAAAGGAGAAGGAGAGGAGUAAGUCACCAGUUCCGAUGGUAGAAGCUGCGGAACCUGUGAAAGAGCCAUCGGAGGAAAAAGAGAAAGUCGAAGAAGAAGUUAAAACUAUUGUAAAGAGUAGCACUCCGCCUCCGGUGGUUGUGGUCGUUCCACCGGUGGAGGAACUGAAGAGCUCCACUCCACCUCUGGAAGAUUGCAAGCCACCUAUCGUCGUCAGCACCACACCCCCGGACAGUACCGCAGCAGACAACACUUCCAAAGAUCAGAAACGCUUAGAAGAUCGCAUCAAGGACAAGCUAGCCGUAGCGGCCCGCGAAAGGCUGGCUUCCAUCACCAAGGAGAAGCAACUACAACUGGAACGAAAGAAAAGGGCCAGCAUGUUUCUUAGCUUGAUCAAUAAAAACGAACCGGAUCAGACCGUCGACGAACCGCCCCCAGCCAAAAAGCCUGCUCUGGAAACGACACCCGAACCCGAAUCAUUCACCGCCCAAGAAACAGCAGCCAAGAACGGGCUCGAACUGUUAAAGAAUCAGUUCUCCGAUCAGGAAGACGAGAAGGGAGAUGGGGACGGCGACGACGGAAACGAAAGCAGUGACAGUUCGGAGAUGUCGGUGCAUUCGAUCCCUUCGGUCAGCGACAGUCCCGACUCGAAGCAAGCACCCAGCAGUGCCGAUGACGAUGUGGUCUUUGUGGCGGAGGACAAUGACGGCGGUAGACCGUCCCGAUCCCGAACGCGAUCGAAGUCCAUUUCCGUUUCGGGUAGUAGCAAACCCAAAAAGCGAAAGCACAAACACAAAAGCAAGAGUAAGAAAUCCAAGAAGAAAAAAACCGCCUCGAGUAGGAGUCGCAGCCGGACGCCGAGCAAGAAGACCAAGCGAAAGCGUAGCCGAAGUCGGUCGAAAAGUUCGCGACGAUCUCGGAGUAGAUCUCCUCCGAUGGAGAAGGAUUCUUCGAAAAAGAAAAAGAAGAAGAGCAAAAAGAAGAGUCACAAGCAUAGUAAAACUUCUCGGUCGUCUUCGACGUCGCGACACCAUCAUAAAAAAGAACAUCGGGAGACAGAAGAGCGAGAUUCGGAUUAUUGGGUGUAGUGCUAGUGAGACAGGGGAAGAUAUUUUUGUGAAUAAUGAGUGUACAGUAUAAAAAGUAAA